AUGGCUCUGACUAGCAUGCCAGCAUGCUGCUGCUGCCAGCCCAACCUCAGCACCUCUGUGCCGCUGCAAGCAAUGAAGGAGACUGUUGAACUAGUCGAGCUGCCUUCGACGGUGAUCAAGAACGCGUGUUCAAGUGGACAGCGAGGCUCUGCUCCGGCCAUCACGGAGACCUCGGAUUUUGAUAGCAUGAUGCAACAUUGCCAUGUGCAGUCAUCGUCAACGGAUGAUCGCAACAGCAGCAACGAGGCUCAAGGAACGUCUCUCUUCAGCAGGAACAAAGUCAAGCAGAAGUUUCUCUUGUUCGAUUUCAACCUCGUCUUUAACACGGUGGUCGUGGGGACCAACGUCGCCUACUUUCUGUGCACUCUCACCCAGAAAGUCGCGCCGACGUCCGUCGGCGAGUGGGUCAGCACCCUCGUCAUCCUUAACAUCGUCUUCCCAGGGAUGGUCGUGACCAUCGACAGUCUGCCGGGGGAUCUAGGCACCUACCUGCUGAUUGUGGUCGUUGAGAGCGUUGCCUGGCUGGUGUUGGCGGACUGGCGGUUGAGAGGAACUUUUCAGAAGCAGAGCGAAUGCAUCCUUGUGCUGUUAUUGUGGUCCAUUUGCACCAGCUACGUUGCCUGGUCCAUCCCAGCUCUCUACAUGGGAUUCGUCGGAGGAAAGCUUGAUGCGACUCUCGGCGUUCUCUUCGCUAUGAUGGUGCAAGGAAGCUGCUACUACCUGCUGGAACUGGUGCUGGUGGAGGAGCAUAGAAGGCUGUUUGAGGGUCCUGAAGGCUCAGCAGGGGGGCAGAGUCCAGCAGAAGAGCGAGCUGUGCUAGAGCAGGAGGCUCUGGAUGAUUUGACGACUCUGAUUCCCUUCACGCGGGGUAGACUAGAUCACAAGAGGAUCGCGCUCCAUGCUGGCAGGCAGCUGGACGAGUCUUGUUGCAGGCGGCUGCGGAAGGAGAGCUGCGCGAUAUGUGCAAGUGAGCUGAUUGAGGUGAAGAAGAAGGUCCUGCUGCGAAGAUUGGACUGGUGCGAGCAUGUGUUUCAUAGGCAGUGUGUGGAUGAGUGGUUGUUGCGACAUAAUUCGUCAUGCCCUCUGUGCCGGCAAAGACCGCUGGAAGAAGUGACGUGA